AUGGCCACCGCKGCGGUGCGGCGGGCAGCCUGUCAAGGCAGCAGCAUGAGCACCUCCCAGCCCACCUUGUCAGAGCUAAGCCCUGUUGAGGGAACCGGCGGCCCAGAAGGGAAGGCAGUGGGGAGUGCCCGGGAGAAGGGCCCUCGGCUGGGCCCGCGGCUGCCCUCAAUCGUGGUGGAGCCCAGUGAGGCAGGUGCUGUGGAAAGUGGGGAGCUGCGCUGGCCCCCAGAGGGCACCCAGAGGGGUGCCCUUCCGAGCCAGGUUGAUGCUGCUGCCCCCUCCCGAAGUCUACAAGGAGCAUCAGGGAAGGCGGUGGAUGAUGUUGGCAGUGAGUGUGCCAGCUCCAUGGACCAGGCACCUCUGGCCCAGUGA